CUGAUAUUGCAGCACUGCAUUAGUGAUUUUCGCACGCUCGGACACGGACGGAACAGCUCAAUUUUUUCAGCAAAACAGCUUUUUUUGUUUUAAUCCAAUUUAUUGUAUGAGUCAAAAAACUGAAAGACCAGUGCUAUCGGGUCAACGCAUCAAGACCAGAAAAAGAGAUGAAAGAGAAAAAUAUGACCCAGCGGGAUUCCGUGAUGCGGUCAUUGCUGGUCUCGAAAAAACUGAAGGCGACCUGGAUCAAAUCUCAAAAUUUCUAGACAGCGCGGGCAACAAGCUCGAUUAUCGUCGUUACGGUGAAGUGCUGUUUGAUAUAUUGAUUGCGGGUGGUCUAUUAGUCCCUGGUGGUUCUAUAUCUCAGGAUGGCGAAAAGCCACGCACAAAUUACUGCAUAUUCGAUGCACCCGAGGAUAUGGAGUCAAUGCGCAACCAUGAGCAGGUGUUUGUUAAACUCAUUAGACGGUACAAGUACCUUGAGAAAAUGUUCGAGGAGGAGAUGGGUAAAGUUUUGUUAUUCGUAAAGGGCUUUACGCCAAGUGAACGUAUUAAACUUGCGCGCAUGACUGCGCUCUGGUUAGUUAAUGGCUCUGUACCGCCAAAUGUAUUGCUGGUACUAAAUAAUGAGCAUCUGAUCAAAGAUGGCAUAGCACUCGAAUUUUUAUUGGAGCUGUUUUUGACGUUCAAGCAAGAGAAGGGCAUUGCAUAUCUUAUUCAGGCGCUUAAAAAGGGUGGACUGGAAAGCAAACUUAUGGACUUUUUCCCACUAAACAAACGUACUGAGGAAUAUUUUAAACAAGUUUUUCUAGACAAAGAACUCAAUGAGAUAAUUAAAUUGCAUAAAGCGCAGGCCAGCCAAGAGGCCAAACGUGAAUUGCAGCAGACCCUCAUUGAUGAUAUUAACGACGAAAAGGCACAUAAUGAGAUAACUGCAGACAUCAAAGAGUUUGCACAACGUACCAACAUUCCUGAUCAUGAGAUAAUUGUUAUUAUUUGGUCCACAAUAAUGUCGUUGGGAGAAUGGAACAAAAAGGAGGAGCUUGUCACAGAUCAAGCAGUACGUCAUCUAAAGACAUAUUGCACCCUACUGCAGGCAUUUGCCUCAACGGAUCGUUCAGAAUUGGCAUUGAUAUUGAAAGUGCAAGAAUUCUGUUACGAAAACAUGAAUUUCAUGAAAGCGUUCCAAAAGAUCAUCUUAUUGUUCUACAAGACCGAAGUAUUGUCUGAAGAAAUUAUCUUGCGCUGGUACAAGGACGGGCACUCAAACAAAGGCAAGAUGCACUUCCUUGAACAAAUGCGCAAAUUCGCGGAAUGGCUACAGUCUGCCGAGGAAGAAUCUGAAUCGGAGGAUGAGCAGAAGUUAGGUGACUAACCAACAUAUUAAGAACGCAGUCCAACAUCUCGGCAUUAAAACAUCAAUUAUACGGAGCCGCCACAUCCAUUAUAUAUAUGUUUAUAAAUAUAUAUAUACAUAUAUUUCGCAUUAACAGCCAACCGAACUACACUCCCCUUUGGAUAAUUUUCCUAGAUGUUAAACAAAAAAUAAAUACCCCAUGGACUCUGCGUCGAAAAUGAGAGAGGAGAGAGCCAAGCCACAAAUUCGAAAUUAACUGUACACCGUUUAAUAGUUUUCCAAAACUACUUUCUCCAUUUCAAAAUGUGCACUUAAAAUUGUUAAAUUUAUUUCAUUUUGAGCAAUAUUUAAGUGAAUUUCACAAAAAAAAACUGGACAAAUUAUUUAUACAUAUAUAUAUGUGCGAAAAAUCUUGUUAUAAUUCAGUUACUUCUGAAAACAAAAAGAAACAAACACAUUCAAUGUAAAUUCUCUUAAUUUAAAGUCAGCAAGUAUUGAUUUAAAAAAAUGGUCAGAUCUUUUAGAAAAAUAGUGAAUGCAAUUUAUGCAGUUAGACAUCGAGACAUUAAAGACAAGCUAAAACGGAUCAUCUUCAAGAGAUGAGAAAGAUAUAAAAAAACAUCUCAACUGAAAUCUGGGGAAAUAUGAAUUUUGAAAAGGCAAUUGCAUGGAAAACAAUAUACAUACAUAAAAAAUAUACAAUUAAAGUCAACAAAUUUAAA